AUGUCAUACCCUCCUUACCAGCGCUCUGCAAAAAAGAAUCAGUCGCAACAAAGCGAUCAGCACAAUGAUAACCCUUUUAAACCUACGGCAUCUACAAAAUCCACUAUAAAUUUUACAGCUUUUAGCCCGAAAAAUGAUCGAGAGUUAAUUGAGGCUCGUACAAAAAUUAAAUCUCUCGAAAUAUCAAAGGAUAAUUUAGAUCUGAAAUUUGGCAGACUUGAGGCCGAAAAUAAAAGUUUAGAACUCAAGAACCGAGAACUUGGUCUUCAGAUUGAGGGUUUAGAAAAAGACAAAGACUUUUAUUACAAUCGAGAGAAAGACGCAUUAAAAAGUUUGGAAAAUUUGGAACUUGAAAAUAUCAAAUUGAAGCAAGCAGCAGCUUGUGAAACCCAAACGCUUAAAGAUAAAAUUCGUGAGCUACAACAGAAUCUGGAAGAUCUUAAAACUGAAAAUCUUAUUAAAGAAAAUGAUUUGACACGUAAAGUACAGUCUACAGAAUUAGAAGCAUCAAAACUUCAAUAUCAGGUUGAAAAUCUUAAUGAACAGAUACGUCAGCAACAUGAUAUAUCUGCUUCAAGACAAAAACUGUUGAAUGAAACUCAGCAACGUUUGGAUGAAACUCAGGAAAAAUUAAAUGAGUUUAAUCAUUUAUCUACUCAAUUGGAUCAAAUCGAAACUCAUAAUAAGAAAGUCCAAGAGCAAUCUGAACAUAUCCAAGAACUCGAAUUAAGAAACCGUUAUUUAACAAAGGAAAUUAAUCGUAAUAAAGAAUUGUCACCUAGCAUUCAGAUUUUACAGCAUAAAUUAGAAAGAGCGGAAUAUCAACUUUUAAAUAUGAAUACACUUCGCCGAGAAGCUGCAGAAUUAGAAGUUGAAAAUACAACGUUAAAAAAAGAAAAAGUAUCAUGGACAAGUCUACUUGAUCAGGAAAAAGACAAUAUUAAUAGCAAUACUCCGUAUACUGUUGUAAAGGAACUUGUUUCUAGGCGAAAUGAAAUAGAGCUUUUACAGAUAAGAACCCGAUCUUUGGAAGAACAAGUUAGGAAUAAAGACUUAGUGAUUGUUGAUCAUGAGUCUAAAAUUAAAGAAUUAAGAUUCAAAUAUAAAGCUAUGGAAAGUAAAUUUUUAAAUGAAAUUGAAGCAUCUAAAGGAAGUAAAAGACUUCUUCAAAAGGAGGUUGAAAUGUUAAUGAAUUCUUUGAGAUCAUACGACGAAGAAGAGAAACAACUACAAUCAAACUUUGAACCACAAAAAACCGAAAGAAUCCAGAAUUUGGAAAAAUUGCUUGCAGAAUACAAAGAAGCUUUAGAACAAUGUGAAAAUAAGGCAACUAACAUUCAACCAAAACAUGAAGAGUAUCCGGAAUUCUCAGAAUUAAAUCUCCAUUCGCUUGAGAAUCGUGUUAUAUUUUCUAACGUAAAUUUAUUUUUCUCAGCUGUAAAAGAUCUCAAAACCGAAAAUGCAUCUUUGAAGGAAAAAAUAAUGUUAUUAGAUAAUCAAAUCGAUAUUCUUGAGAGGGCAGUAGGUAGAGGUGAAUACAAUAAGGAAACAAUUCGGGUGCUGGAGAUGAAAGAUAAUCCUGCUUCCAAGGAAUUUUCAUUGCGCGAGAAUAGAUUGCAGGGAUUGGCAACAGAAAACCAGGAUUUAAAAACUAAACUUAAAGAAUUGUAUCAAAUUCUUGAAAAUCAUCCUACCAUUACAUUAGAAUUAACCGAAGAUAAUGAUUCUGAGAAAGAAACAAUUAGAGUCUUUCCAAUUCAAAGUUAUUUAAAUUUGGAAGAAGAGAAUAAGCAACUUAUAGAUCAGGUUGCAGAUAAGGAAAAGAGAAUGACAAGACUUAAAGAGGUUUGGAAAGCUAAAGCUCAAGAAUACCGUGAAGCUGUUUAUAGCCUUCUUGGUUAUAAGGUAGAAUUUCUUGAAAACGGUCGCGUUCGAUUAACUUCUAUGUAUUCAGAACAGGAUGACCAUUCAUUAGUUUUUACCUCUGAUGAGGAUAAUCUUGGUACCAUGCAACUUGUUGAUGGUGGAAAUACUGAAUAUAUCAAGAGUUUGGAUAACUUAAUCAAAUAUUGGGUCGUAGAACGUGGAUCUAUUCCUUGUUUUUUGAGUAGUUUAACUAUGGAUUUAAUUGGAAAAACAGCAUUAGGACCGAUCGGUAGAGAAAUGGAUAUGACGAGUGGAAGAAUAAGUGGAUUAGGAGGGAAUCAAGAAUUUCCAACAUUAGAGUAA